AUGGGAUGGGCAUGGGAUGGGCAUGGGAUGGGCAUGGGAUGGGCAUGGGAUGGGCAUGGAAUGGUCAUGGGAUGGGCAUGGGAUGGGCAUAGGAUGGGCAUGGGAUGGGCAUGGGAUGGGCAUGAGAUGGGCAUGGGAUGGGCAUGGGAUGGACAUGGGAUGGGCAUGGGAUGGGCAUGGGAUGGGCAUGGGAUGGGCAUGGGAUGGGCAUGGAAUGGACAUGGGAUGGGCAUGGGAUGGGCAUGGGAUGGGCAUGAGAUGGGCAUGGGAUGGGCAUGGGAUGGCCAUGGGAUGGGCAAGGGAUGGGCAUGGGAUGGGCAUGGGAUAGGCAUGGGAUGGGCAUGGGAUGGGCAUGGGAUGGGCAUGGGAUGGGCAUGGGAUGGACAUGGGAUGGACAUGGGAUGGGCAUGGGAUGGGCAUGAGAUGGGCAUGGGAUGGGCAUGGGAUGGGCAUGGGAUGGGCAAGGGAUGGGCAUGGGAUGGGCAUGGGAUAGGCAUGGGAUGGGCAUGGGAUGGUCAUGGGAUGGGCAUGGGAUGGGCAUGGGAUGGGCAUGGGAUGGGCAUGAGAUGGGCAUGGGAUGGGCAUGGGAUGGACAUGGGAUGGGCAUGGGAUGGGAUGGGCAUGGGAUGGGCAUGGGAUAGGCAUGGGAUGGGCAUGGGAUGGUCAUGGGAUGGGCAUGGGAUGGGCAUGGGAUGGGCAUGGGAUGGGCAUGGAAUGGACAUGGGAUGGGCAUGGGAUGGGCUUGGGAUAGGCAUGGGAUGGGCAUGGGAUGGGCAUGGGAUGGGCAUGGGAUGGGCAUGGGAUGAGCAUGGGAUGGGCAUGGGAUGGGCAUGGGAUGGGCAUGGGAUGGGCAUGGGAUGGGCAUGGGAUGGGCAUGGGAUGGGCAUGGGAUGGGCAUGGGAUGAGCAUGGGAUAAGCAUGGGAUGGGCAUGGGAUGGGCAUGGGAUGGGCAUGGGAUGGGCAUGGGAUGGGCAUGGAAUGGUCAUGGGAUGGGCAUGGGAUGGGCAUAGGAUGGGCAUGGGAUGGGCAUGGGAUGGGCAUGAGAUGGGCAUGGGAUGGGCAUGGGAUGGACAUGGGAUGGUCAUGGGAUGGGCAUGGGAUGGGCAUGGGAUGGGCAUGGGAUGGGCAUGGGAUGGGCAUGGGAUGGGCUUGGGAUAG